GGAAGAAAUACCCAAACAAUCGGGUUUCUAUGAAGAAAAAGCAUGAAAUUAUUAAGGACGUAAACUAUAUUUCUUUAUAUCUUGAAGUAUGUGUCUUAAAAAAUAAUAUUGGCAUUAGAAAUGCUUUUGGAAUUUUUAUGCCAUUAUGCAAAUUAACAAGUUAAAAGAGGAAAAGGCUUUUUCUUUGUGGCUAAAAAUAUUUCUGAAUUAAUUUUAAUUUCAAUAAUCGGUCAAUCAAUCAAUUAAUCAGCAAUCACAACCUCCAGUUGAUAUUUUUAAUAUUUUAAUUUAUAUUUGCAGGAAUUUGACACUUCCUAAUCCUUGUGUGUCUUUGCGCAUAACUAUUUAUUAAAUUUUAAAUUGUAAAAAAUUUGAUACCUGUUAUUUGAGGUUUGUUAUCAAAUUAAAAUAAUGCUGCUGGAUUAACUUUGAGUUUGAGAUUAAGCAGUCAGUGAUUCUUAUAAUUAAAAGAUAAAUACUUAUAAUACUAAUACAUAAAAAGAAUAUUAAGAAAAAAAUCAAUCCUGCAACAGUAAGCCUAUAGAAUUAUAUAAUGUUAAUUGACUUUCUUAGAAGGGGCCAUCCAAAAAAAUUGUCUUUAUUGUGGUAGCCUGUAGUCCGAAUGCAAUUUUGAAAGAUAUUAUUAUAAAUUAUACCCCACUCUCACUCAUCCUCCCUUGUCCCCUUAUUUGUGACAAAUUCAUCACUACUUUUAGACACACUCAUAAUCCAAAGCUCUAAAUUGAUGACCCCCCUAUUCCUUUCCUUCCAAAGCCAUAUAUAGCCAUAGUAGUCAUAGGCAUAGGGGCCAUAUAUAAUAGCUAUAUAAACUAUAGCACUGUACUUGUAAUACUAUACUAUUAAAGACUAUAGAAUAGACUAUAGUCACUUCACUAUAGUCUUAUAGUGUGAAUAUUUUGUGAUGUCAUUUUUUAUGAAUUGAUAGCCUUCUUUAAUUGUUUAAAAAUUAUGAGCUAAACAUAACAUCACGAUUUAAACUCAGCUUUGCUCCAACUUUGGUUAAAACUAGCAAUGGAUUUAGUUCUUUUUAAAUGCCCACCAUAUCCCAAUUUAAAAUCUUUAUCAUCAUGCAAAAAUUUGACAAAAAUAUGUUCUAUUAUAGUAAAACUAAUUAAUUAAAUAAGCUAUUUUCAUUCAAUUUGUAUUAAACUGUUUUACUUUUAUUGUAAUUUUAAAUCUUUUUAUAGUCUGUAUAGUGUACAUGAGCUGUCAUCAUCAUGAAUAAAUAUGCACGGGUGAGACAGAUUGGGGAGGGAGCUUUUGGAAAAGCUAUUCUCGUCAAAAGAAAAGACUCUGCAAGGCAAUAUGUAAUAAAGGAAAUAAAUAUAACAAAGGUAAAGAAUUAAAAAACCAACUACUAAAUCGAACAUUUAAAAAUUUUGUUGGAAGAUGAGGGUGAAUAAUAUGCAUAAUUUAUAGUAAAGCAUUGCAUGUAUGCAAACCUGUAUGGUUUGCCUGCACUUUGUUAGGAUUUCGGAAAAAAUUUUUUAAAAAUGGCGGCGCAAUAAAUUCAGCAUUUGGUCAAAAGAAAUGUUAAAUCUUAUAGGUGUAUUCAAAAUAUUCUUUCGCCCAAAGUUUAGGUACUGGAGGCCAUCUUAACAUAGAAUCUGAGCAAGGUUAAAAUAGUAUCUAUAUAAUGUAGUUAUUGUGGCAAUCCUUUCAAUAGAAACUAUUUUGAUAAGCAAACCAAAUUUACAAAUCCAUUUGAUUAAUUCUCAGCAAGAACCGUUGUGCCAGUAAGGGUUCUUUUUAUUUAACUAACAAUAAAUGGGUUUAGUCAUUUUGUCUAUUUAUUAUUCUUAAUACAGCAUUUCAAUACAAAGUUGCACAAACAAAACUUUGCGGCUGGAAGUGAAAUUCUACUUUUAUGACAUUCUUUUUUCAACUCCAUCAUCUAGAUAUCCUAUCAGAUUAAGUUACAAGAGCUGAGAUCUUAUUUGCAAAUUUCAUUACAAUCACAUCUAUUUUGCAUUGCAAAAUUAACUAUGACACUCGUUGAGUUUUCUAUCUAAUCCAUAAAUUAUUAAGAAGGAAAAUUUUGCACGUAUUCAAAACAUUGAUAGUGAAAUAAAAAAGUUAAAAAUUAUCCUCUUUUCAAUAUAUUUUCCUAUCAAUCUUUAAUUCUGUUUUACAGUUUUUUGCUAUAAUUUUUUAAAAUUUUUUUUAUCCUGAGGGUAAACGUAUAUGAUAUUGUCCUAAUAUUUAAACUAUGCCUGUUUUGUGAAGUUGGUCCUCAAAGAUAAUUAAAAAGUGGGUUGUUAAUCAGUUAGAUUGAUAAUAAAUAUCAUUUUUUUGAACAAAAUUUUGUAAUCCUAAAGGGAAGAUGUAAAUAUUUAGCACAAUGUCCUUUUAUCAAUCAUUUCUUUAACUCAUUAUAUGUUUUUAAUUAUGUCACAGAUGACUGCUAAAGAGCGAGAGGAGUCUAGAAAAGAGGUAAAUAUAUUAAAUAAUUGUGAACAAUUUUAAGACUGUGACAACAUAAACAGUGAAUGGCAAAGUGGCAAAUUUUUUUAGCAUAUGAUAAAUUAAUUUCAUAAUCAACAAUUACAAAAGGUGUACAGUAAAUUUAAAAGGCCUCGCCUUAAAAAAACUACUGUAAAAAGUAUAGAAAUGGCUAUUAUUAUAUUUUUUAAAGAAUGUUUUAAAACUUUUAAGCCAAAGGGAUUAAGACAUCAUAGUUUUAGUCUUUUCACACCUGAAAGCAUACAAAUCUUAGCUGUAUGUUUGUAUGCAAACAUCGGAGUUUUUUUAAAUAACAAUUUUGUUAAAUAAAUAAAAAAAUCAGAUAGACUGUGCUUUGUGGUUUUUAAAAAAAAAAUCCUUUUUAAUAAAUAACAGGUAGCAGUCUUAGCUCAGCUGAAGCACCCAAACAUUGUUUGUUAUAUUGAAUCUUUUGAAGGUAUGUUGCGAAUAAGUUGUGUAAAGAAACCAUAAGCUUUAAAAUAAUCCUUACAGUUUUUUAACCUCUUCAAUUAAUCUCCAGAAGCAUUAAUUAAAAAAUAAAAACACAGUGGGAUUGAAAUUUUUUAAAAAUAAAAAUUCCUUAACAUUGCAUUACAUGCAAGAAUUAAAUCAUGCAUUCUUGGUCCAUGCUUUUCAUGCAAUAAUUAAGUCAUUUGUGAUUGAUCCUUGCAUCAUUUUCCUUUCAGAAAAGGGAAGUCUGUACAUUGUCAUGAAUUUUUGUGCUGGAGGUAAUUUUGUUAUGUGCAAUUUAGUAACUUGUUUCUAUUCAGCUUUAUUAUAUCAAGGGUUGGGGUGCACUGCAUAACAAUCAAAUCUAAUCUUACAUAUUCAUCUUACGAUGGCAACUGCACUCAAAUUUUGCUUGAAAUAUUCCUGAAGCUUUUCUCUUUUUUCUAACAGCCCUUUACUCUUUGUGUUUAAAGAGUCCUUUAAAAUUUUACAGGGCAAAACUUGAUCUUUGUUGUACAUUUUCAGGUGAUCUCUAUGGUAAGAUCAAUGAGAGACGAGGUGUACCAUUUCAAGAGGAACAGGUAACUAUCUGACUUGUCUAAUUUGUAUCAUAGUUUCUUUCAAAUUCUUAGCAGAUUCUACAAUGUUAAAGUUUGAUUGUAGAUGUGCUUGUUGCAAUCUUCUGAAGUUGCUAACUUCUCUCAAAUGUUGCAAACUACUUCUACUAUAGUCUUGGACAGUGUUCCCCAAGUGGUUGGUCAUGGGCCUGUACCGGUCCUUGAGCCUUACAUGAAUAUUUAUGGUCGAAUAUAAAGAAAAUAAAAUUAAUAAAUCUGUCCAGUGUCUAUUACUCUAAAUAAAAUAAGCUGAUUUAUAACUUGGGGAAAAAGAUAUUUUAUGAAAUUUAAUCACAACCUAUUCUGGUUUAAGUAGAAAAAAAAAGAACUAUUUUAAGUGAUACUUAAUGUAUUUAAAACAAUUGUUUUAUUUUUCAACGAAUCAGAUCUUGGACUGGUUUGUACAGUUGUGUCUUGCAGUAAAACACAUUCAUGACAGGAAAAUUUUACACAGGGACAUUAAGUCACAGGUCAGUGUUUAAAAAAAUAAACUUCAUGGUCAAUUCUAGAAUGGCCAAUAUUUGCACAUAAAAUCACGUAAGAAGUUUAUCCAACUAAAAUUUGUUUAAGUUUUGUAAGAAAAAUUAUUUCUUAUCUUGUAUUUCCUGACUUAUUAAUUUUUGUCAUUGAAACAACUGUUACAGAAUAUUUUCUUAACAAACUCUGGAACUGUACAGUUGGGAGAUUUUGGAAUAGCAAAAGUGUUGAACUCGUAAGUUAAGUCUAUUUUCAAAACUGAAUGUUGAAAUAAUUUGGUUUCAUAUUCUGAUUCCCAUAUGAAAAUUUCAACUGCUAUAUUCAUCUUAACAUAAAAUUUAAAGACAUUUUGUGUAUGUUUUUCUUGUUUAAUAAAAAUUAAAUUAAUUUGAUGACUUUUUUACUGUUCAAAAUUAAAAGAUCCAUCAUCAUUAUUUUCAAAAAGUUUUUUUUUUGUGUGUGUUGAAUUAUGACUUUUCGUAUUUGUUUGUAACUUAGAGAGUCAGUCUGAAUCAUUCUUAAAUUGCUGCAUAUAAUUAACUGUGUUCAAUAAUUGUGUAAUGUCUAAAAAAGCACACAAAAAGCACCUUGGGAGCAGAAAAAGGCUGUUUACAAUGUUUUGUUAUGUCCAUCUAAUAGUCCCAUGGUACUUUUGUUUGUAUAAAAACUUAAUUGGAUGUCUUGAUAUCAACAGUACAGCUCAGUUGGCUCACACAUGUAUAGGAACACCCUACUACCUGUCACCUGAAAUUGUUGAAAAUAUGCCUUAUAAUAAUAAGAGGUAUGGUGAUUUUCCUCCCCUGAAUCUUUGUAAGAAAAUAAUUAAGAUUGCAAUUAAUGUAAAGAAGAUUGCAAUUAAUAUAAAGAAGAUUGCAAUUAAUGUAAAGAAGAUUGCAAUUGAUGUAAAGAAAUGCAAAGAUACUAAAUUGAAUUGGUUUCUCUAUACUUUUUUUUUGUUAUGGGAAAAGUUUUUAAAGAUCAAAUGCCAAUCACAUCAGUCUGGAUUAAACUGGUAAUUAAAUAAUGUAAGCGACCCAAUUUAAGACAAUGCGAAUGUGUCUUAACACGAGGUCAUAAAAUUAGUAGUCAUCUCAAGUGGCAAAAUGGCUGCAAUAAGCUUCAAAAUAAUAUUUUAGUUUUAACUAAGAAAGAAACAAAUUUCUUUGCAGCAAUGCUUUCAUUGGUCCAUCAAUAAAAUAUUUUUUGUUAAAAGGGAAUCACACAAGAGGAACUAGCUAACUGAAUGUGUUGCAUUUGUUUUUUUAAUGAUAAAAUUUGAAUGCCUAUUUACAUUUCAGUGAUAUUUGGUCUAUGGGAUGUGUAUUGUAUGAGCUAACAACUCUCAAACACGCUGUAAGUUAUUUCAAUGGAUGACUGUAAAUGUCAGCAAUAGUUUUAUCAUAAGUUCAGUAUUUGCUGGUUAUUUGAUUUCAUGAUUUCAAUUCAAAUUUUUAAAAAAGAAAAGUCCAUAAGGGACUUAAUGGCUGAUAUAGGUCUUUACACCUGCACAGAAACACAUUAUAAAACCAUCUUGUAUCUUCAAUAAUUGGGUUGGUAUAAAACUUUGCUAAAAUCUCUAUGAUUAUGCUUGUACAGGAAAAUGUGUAUGACUUGAACUGUUAAUUUUUUUUUUUUUUGGUUGCCAGUUUGAAGCAGGCAACAUGAAAAAUUUGGUGUUAAAAAUAAUAAGGUAAGUGUAAGAUAAGGUAAGUGUAAGAUAAGGCUCGCUGUACCUAUGACAUUUACCACAAAGAUAUUUAGUUUAUCUUUUUAGUUUUGUUUACAUGUUAUCCUACAGCUGUUGAUUAUUUUAUCUUUUUUUUUUUACUCAAACAGAGGAAGUUAUCCCCCUAUAUCUCCGCAGUUCAGCUAUGACCUAAGAGGUUUAAUUGCUCAACUUUUCAAGAGGAAUCCCAGGUAUUUGAAUUAAAAAUAGGUGGUAACUAUUUGUUUAACUUGGCCAAAAAAAACCCACAACAAACACAUUCUUCUUCUUAUAUUAGGUGAGACCUCUGAAACAAAAAUUGUGUUAUAAAUUAAAAUUAUAUUAUAAAUGCAUCUUAUUUUUAUAAAUUUGGAAGUAAGUUUUUUUUAAAAUGAAGAGUUGCUCUGAAAAAUAAAUGAAAAAUUUUUUUUUUCUUUCCAUUCAGAGACCGUCCCACAGUCAAUGCAAUUUUGAAGAAAAAUUUUGUUAUGCAAAGGGUUCGAAAGUUUCUCUCAGCUCAAGUAAGUUAAGUCAUAUUUAUGACCUGUUGACAUGAAUGUGUUUAUAUAUUAUAAACUACUUAUGAUAAUCAUUGGAAAGGGUAGAACACAAUUUCAGGAUAAUAUAUCUAUGCCAUUGUAAAUAUUUAUUAUGGCUCUUUGUCUUGUAGGACAUAGAAGAAGAAUUCAGUCACACUGUUAUGCAUGGACACAAAAUUGCCAAAGCCCUGCCGCCUGCCCCCAAACCAUCAGCAGGUGAGUGUCUUAACGUUGGGUAGCUGUGGUAAAACUGUUAAAACCAUAGCUCGCUAAGUUCACCCUUUGAAAGCAACGGAAAAACAUUUUUUUUUUCCCUUUCAGAUCCCAGUAAGAGAGUCAACGCAACUCCACGACCGGGAUCAGCAAACAAGAAAUAUGAUCCGGCUGCUGUCUACGGAGCCCCUCUCAGCUCAUCAAAAAACAGGUAGGCCUAAUCUCAAAAGCCAUGUAACAAAUUGAAUUAUAUGAUUCAAUUAAGCCAUUAAAAAGUAUCUAUUUCCUUCAGUUUCUAUCUGUAGAAGCAAAGUCCUUAUUUGCUGUAGCUAAUAAAUUGUGUUGAAUGUGAGCCGCCCAAUGUCUUGUGUCAAUGUCAUACGUUUUAGCCGUGAUUUUGCUGAUUGGAAAUGAUACCACAGCAAAGAUAUUUUUAACUGCUCAUGUUCAUUGUCACAGGAUGUCAGGUGAGAAGAAAAGGCCGAGCACACCUGGACGACAAGCUCCUGUACCUGGCCAAGUGGUGAGUGACAUGUGAAGUGUAUUUAGUUACCAGGGAUUUAAUCACUUUGUUUGCAAGGCCCUAGGAAUGAAAUUACACCUUAAUUUAUAUUAAUAAUAAUAAUAAAGUUCAUUUCAAAAACACGCUUCAUCCCCAAAGGCUCGAAGCGCGGUACAAAGUCAACUAAAAACAAAUCUAUAUAUUACCACAUUUAAAACUGAAUAUAAAUUGAGCUGGGCCCACUUAUUACAGAUUACUUGACAGAUGUACAAUCAUUUAUUGUGCUGGGAAAAUGAUUUCCACAUAUCUAAAAAGCUAAAAAAUAUAUAAGGCUAUACAACUAAAAGGCAAUACAAGUCAGCAGUGUAAAUAUAUAACUUUCAGGACUGGGAGAAAAAAAAGAAAGAAAGACAAGAACUGGAGGAGAAACGUCGAGCCGAAAUGAGGAAGCGGGUGAGUUUGUCAGAUAUGUGUGGCUGGGAACAGUUUACAAGCUGUGUGGACAAAUGAGGAAGCGGGUGAGUUUGUCAGAUAUGUGUGCUGGGAACAGUUUACAAGCUGUGUGGACAAAUGAGGAAGCGGGUGAGUUUGUCAGAUAUGUGUGCUGGGAACAGUUUACAAGCUGUGUGGAGAAAUGAGGAAGCGGGUGAGUUUGUCAGAUAUGUGUGCUGGGAACAGUUUACAAGCUGUGUGGACAAAUGAGGAAGCGGGUGAGUUUGUCAGAUAUGUGUGCUGGGAACAGUUUACAAGCUGUGUGGACAAAUGAGGAAGCGGGUGAGUUUGUCAGAUUUGUGUGCUGGGAACAGUUUACAAGCUGUGUGGACAAAUGAGAAUGUGACGGAUUUAGUUGAUCAUUUUCUUUUCAUGUCUAAUGGUAAACUGGUAAAUUAAAAAGUUGACCUUUCACUUUAUCUAGUUCAAAUUUAUGAACAGAACAAUUAAAAGCCACCCAUUAUCCAUUAUUCCUAGCUAAUGAAUUACUGAAAUUCAGCUUUUUAUGAUACUGCUUAGGUGUGGUGAUGUGGAACUCACUUCUGGUCACAGCCUUAUAUGAGAGACAAUAAUUAAAACCAACAUGUCUAUGCUUCCGCUCAUAUUAUCUCGUUUCAGCGUUUCUAAGAACAUUAGAGACGUCCUUAUAAGCAGGGUCUCUGUUGUAAAACAAAGCCCUACCAACUGUCACAAAGCCCUACCAGCUGUCAAAAAGCCCUACCAUCACAAAACACUACCAACUGUCACAAAGCCCUACCAGCCGUCACAAAGCCCUAACAUCACAAAACACUACCAGCUGUCACAAAGACCUACCAUCACAAAACACUACCAACUGUCACCAAGCCCUACCAGCUGUCACAAAGCCCUACCAUCACAAAACACUACCAACUGUCACAAAGCCCUACCAGCUGUCAAAAAGCCCUACCAUCACAAAACACUACCAACUGUCACAAAGCCCUACCAGCUGUCACAAAGACCUACCAACUGUCACAAAGCCCUACCAACAUCACAAAGCCCUACCAGCUGUCACAAAGACCUACCAUCAUAAAACACUGCCAACUGUCACAAAGCUACUCUUGAAUGCUGUGGUUAAGCAGGACUGGCAUUGAACUGAUUAUCAAAUUUAAUGAAGAAAUGACAAGGCCCAUUUAAGGAGUAAAUAAUUGUUUUGUUUUUUUAAAUUUCAUUGACAGGAUCAAGAAGUGAAUGAAAGGAGACAUAGAGAGCUGAUUGAAAAGCAAAAGGUAAAGGAGAGAUCUUAGUGAACCAGUUGCAAGCAUUAAUCCGUGUGUUACUCUAAGAAUAAUCUCACUAAUAGCAAUAGCCAUGGCUGCUUAUUUAACACAUUAAUUUAAUAGGGUGUAAGUUAAAUUUGGGAAGCUUUAGUCAAAGGAAAGGUCUCAUCAUUUUGUCUGACAGGUAAUGAGGAUGAACAAGGCAAGAGAGGAGGGAUGGAAACAUGUCAUCGACCCUUUUUCAGUAGAUGAGGUAUUCAACAAUCGCACAUAGCUGCGUAGUGCUGCACCCGUAGUGUCAGAUGUUUUGCCUUUUUCUAUAAAGCUUUUUUUAGUAAUUUAAUUACUGGAUUGAGAAGUGAACUGUGCAUAAUUUCCGAGAUUUAUUGCAUUGUCUGUGAGAUCUUUGAGGUGAAAAUAAUCUGAUGGAGGAGUGGGAUUAUCAGUGUGCUUUACUCUGGCUUAGUCUGGUUCCUGCCUUGGGGAGUAUGUUGUUUUAUACUUAAUGGAUGAUUUAUCAAAAGAAUUUUGGGGACAUGGCAGUUUGUAUUGCAUUACCAAUGACUCCUAAAUUUGAAUUCACUUUAUUUUAAAUUAGUGAAAUAAUUAAAGUGGGAGUGCUAGCAGUAACAUAUUUUGUUAAUAAUAACACUGAACAGCAUGUAAAAGAAAAGAAAAUUUUCAGGGGCAAUAUUAAUGCAAAUCUGGUUUGGGGGGGGGGGGGGAGGGGGGUGGUUUUUCCCCAAUUGGUUACAUAAGUAAAUUCUUUUAUGAAAUAAUUAAAGUGGGAGUGCUAGCAGUAACAUAUUUUGUUAAUAAUAACACUGAACAGCAUGUAAAAGAAAAGAAAAUUUUCAGGGGCAAUAUUAAUGCAAAUCUGGUUUGGGGGGGGGGGGUGAUGGAGCUGGAUUUUCCCCAAUUGAUUACAUAAGUAAAUUCUUUUGUCCUAUUUAUUCGUGCAGUUGGAAUUUCAGUGAAAGACCUUAUCAAAAGUUAGUUUCCAUUUUUUUUCCUCUCCUUAAUAAAACACGUGUGUGUAUGCCAAUGGCAGGUGUGGGGGAUGCCAAAGGCAGGUGUGUGUAUGCCAAUGGCAGAUAUGGGGGAUGCCAAAGGCAGGUGUGUGUAUGCCAAUGGCAGGUAUGGGGGAUGCCAAAGGCAGGUGUGUGUAUGCCAAUGGCAGGUAUGAGGGAUGCCAAAGGCAGGUGUGUGUAUGCCAAUGGCAGGUAUGAGGGAUGCCAAAGGCAGGUGUGUGUAUGCCAAUGGCAGGUAUGGGGGAUGCCAAAGGCAGGUGUGUGGAUGCCAAUGGCAGGUAUGAGGGAUGCCAAAGGCAGGUGUGUGUAUGCCAAUGGCAGGUAUGGGAAUGCCAAAGGCAGGUGUGUGUAUGCCAAUGGCAGGUAUGGAGAUCAUGCAGUCUUGGUCAGCUGUUUUCUUUUAUUGGUUGUCUUUGAGGUUAUAAUGUGCCAUCAUUGAAUGAUGGUGUGGAGUUUCUGGGUGUAGUCUCACACAGCUGGUAAGUGGGCCUGAGUUCAUUCCCUUGAAUUCUGAUUAGCUGGAUAAAAAUGCAGGACUAGUUUCCCCCAUGGACAGAAUUUUUUAGGAUGUUUCCUUGUUGUAUAACUGUUUUACAUUUUGUCAUCCAUGUGCAGAAUAACAGAGCACCGACACCAAACAACAAUCGCCCGUUGCCCGUUCCAAAAGUCAAUGUAAGUGAAUUAAUCAAUGAAUUCUAUUCACACCCUUUUUUUUAAAACUAAUUGCUUGUCAAGUAUCAACAACCAGUUUCUUGAAUGACAAAAGAUAAGACUGCAUGACUGUAUUAUUGGACCAUAUUAUUGGACCAUACACCUCUACACUUUAAACAUUAUCACUGUAAUAUAGUUUUGUCAUAUUUAGGAAGCAAUCUUCGGUUUAGUUAUUUAAAUAUGUUUUAAACACUGAUUGCUGCCCAUACUGUUUACCAGAAUGACAACAGAAACAGAGGGGACUACGAGGCUUACAAUCAGUUCCUAGGCAGACUCCAGCAAGACAGAGAAGCCCCUUCCCCAGCAGGCAGAAACCCUAAUCAUGUGGAUGGUGGGUAUUUCAGAACUGAUGUGUGUUUCAAUAAACACUAGAGCUACAAUUUCAAGUGUCGUCUUUUUUUGUCUCACUCAUCAAGAUAUUAAAAAAGAACAACAUAUGCAAUCUUUCAAAAAAACAAUAAAGCAUUAUUUAUUAUUUUUUUUUAUGAAAUACAGUUACGUUUCAGUAUUCUCCCUUGAGACACUACAAAUUUAGGGCUUGAGGAAUGAAUUAAAAUGAAAAUUUUUUUUAGCAAUGAAACAUCAAAUAUUUAAGAUGUAUUGAAAGCAAACAAAUUUUUCACCACCUUUUGCUUGAAAUGUAUAGCAUAGUCCUCAGUGAUAUUUAGCACCUCACCUGUUGUGGAGCCUAUUCCUUUAAUGGUUACAACUUUAUUUUGUUAUAAAAAAUGCCAUGAUUAAUGUUAUCCUUUAAUUAGACAUUAAUCUAUAAAAUAUUUGUCUUUUAAAAACUGUUUUACAUUUUAGGCCCAGGUCAAAAUUUUAAAUAUGUAAAUUUGUUUUUUUCUACAGUUGUGCACAUAGCUGUUCCCAGGCCACUCCCUGCUGGCAAUCAGCAGAGGCCACCAAUUCCCCAACAGUUCAACAUGGGGCCCCUUGGUGUACCUAUUGCUAUGGGGCCUCCAGGUGUGCCAGCAGCUCUUGACCAGGCUGGCCGAGACAGGUAUAGCUACAAUAUGUAAGUUUCAAAUAGUUCUGAAACUGCAUAUUUAUAGCUUUUAAUAAUUUUUCUAAGGCCAUAAAGUCAGCUACAUACUAUUUAUGACUUAUUCUUUGUAAUUGCCUUGAGAGCACCUGGUUAAAGUAAUUUCAUAAUAAAUGAUUGAUAAUUCUUUUGACUUUAUAAGAAUAUUUUAAAAAUAAUUUCUCUCUGGAUUCAAUAAUGUAUAGUUAUUAAAGAAUAGUUUUUCUUCUGUUUUAAAGAUGAGGUAUACAUCUAAUUUAUGAAUAGACAGCUUUGUUUCAUGUAGCCAAAACCAGGGUUCAUUUAACUUGGUAUAGUUGACAUGUUGGCCUUUUUUUAACCCAGUGCUGACAGUUGGCUUUUCUUUAACCUGCAUAAACUUAACUGGUGGUGGUGCUUUCACUGAAAUGUAAUGUAAUGUUUGAUUGGUUAAGUAUGGGGAAAUUAUAUUUUCUGGUGUUUGCAAUAACUGAUUUGGUGACAUAAGAAAGAUUUACACUGGAUGUUAGCAUAGGAACUGAAUAGAAGUAUUGUGUGGCAAUUAUUUUUUAGAUAGGUUUUUUAAUUCUUAUAUGAACUUGUUUUGAGUAUACAUUUAAUUAGUGAUUUGUGAUGUGAUUAAUUGAUAAAAAUGAAUUAAUUGAUGCUGAAAAAUAAAAAAUUGUAGUAUUUUAUUAAAGAUGGUUUUUAAACACUCUCAGGAAUGCACUAAAAAAGUUUUAAAUAUUUUAAUUCACAAAAACGAAUGUUACAAAAAUUUAUUUUACCAAAAUGUUUGGCUUUAAUUUUUGUGAAUUGUAUUAGCAGAUACAUGUUUUCAUUUAUGGUUGUUGUGGUGACCUAACAUCGAUGAAUAGUUUUUCUAAUAUCUUAUAAUUGUCAUAAUUUUAAAAAAAAAUUAAUGUAUUAGAUUAGAUUAUUUUCUAUAUGUUUAAAAAAUAUUUUUAGAUUAGGAGGUUUUCAAAAUAGACUAAAAAUUUUCAUGACAUUUAUAUUACACACAAACUCAUUCAUGGAAAUUUAAACUUUUGGUUUUAAAUGGAAUUGUUCUUACCAUUUAGAUCAAUGAGAAUACAACUUCAAUUCUACCAUUGAAAAAUAAAUUUUAAUGUUAAUAAAUCAACGAGGAAUUGAAUAGGCCUAUAUUAAUUAGAUUUCUGAGGAAUAUAUUAACUCAUUGCUAAAUUAAUUUUGUUUCUUAGGCAACUGGGGGCCCAGGCAGCUCAGAGAGCCAGGGUUGUAGAAGAUUACAUGCAGAGAAAAAGGAUGGCAGACUUGAACAAAAUGAGGGCACAGAAUGACUUGUAUGGAAUGGUAAGGGGAGAGCAUGCCGAAGCAUUAUGGUUCUUUUAAAAAUUAAAAUGUUUAAUUGUGCUUUUAUUUUACCCAAUUUGACCUUUAUUUAUAGCUAAAAAACUUAACCUUCAAUCAUUAUGAUCAUGUAAUCCCCUAAAAAAAUCCUAAGAACAGCUAUAAGUUUGUACUGGAAUGUCAUUGUUACUGCAACUUAAGAUUUAAAUAGUUGAACCUGCAGAAGAUAGUAACAAAAUAAUAUCAGUCAAUUAAAUCUUAAGCUAUAGAUUUUUAGGUAUUUUAUUAUUUGCUUGAUGUUAUAUUCCCUUUUAAUUAACUUGAGAAACCAUUUAACAAAACUUAUUAUCUUAUUAUGUCAGACAUUUUUUUUACUCAUUUUCCUUUUUUCUAAGUGACGAAAAAUCUAUAUAAAAUAAGUAAAAUAAAAAUUGACCAUAUAAUGAAUGAACUUGCUUUUAAUUUUUUUUUUUUUUUAAAAUUGUAAAUAGUACCGCCCAUCCUCUGCUGACAGACGCACACCAGUGCCAGCUCCCAGUAAGUUGUACAUAAUUGUUCUCUUAACCUGCCUGUUGCCUCUUGUCUCUGUUAUUGCUAAUCUCAAUCUUCUAGAUUACAGAUGAUUAAUUAUUAUUGUCUUUUAUUUAAUUCACACUGUGGCUUUUGACAGAGCGUCAUCAUUUUAGAUGUUGGCUAUUUUAAAUUUAUUAACUUUAAUUCAUGAUCAGGUCUUAUUAUUAUUAUUAUUAUUAUUAUUAUGUGGUUUUAUAUAGCGCAUAACCUUAGCCUAGUUUUUAUAUUUAUAAUUUAUUCUAUUAAAAAAACAAAAAACAGGUUUAGUUAAUUUAUCAGGCAUUUUAUAUUUAUUUAGUGAUUAGCUUUUUUUCUGGAUUUGAUUUUGUGCAGUCUUUAUUUGUUACCAAACGAUGAUAAUUAUUUAGGAAUAAUUGUGCAGAGGGCAAAAGUUUUAUUUUGUCAUGUUUAAAUAGUCUUUAUUGUAGUAUUCUUUGUGCCAGCUCACAUAUUUUUUGUGUAGGAUUAGAAAUGUAAUGACAAAAAAAAUAGGAAGUUCAUAACAAUGCUGUUAAGAAACAGUAGUGAGGUUAGGUCAUUCAAAAUGUGAGGUAAAAUGUUAAAGAUGUUUUAAUUUUAGGAAGAGGGGCAAGCCCUGGUCCUGGAAGAGGUGGU